AUGUCUUCGUAAAAAAAAGGCGCUAAUAAUAAUAAUUCAAAAAAAACUAAAAAAACAAAUAAUGAUAAUAAUGAAAACGAAAAUAAUGAUGAUGAAGAUUCUUAUGAUUAUAAAUAAGACUUUAUGCCAGGAUAAAAAUAUUAAACUCCAGAUGAUGAUAAUGGAAUUAGAGUUUUCUAUGAAACUUUAUAUAAAUAAAAUGCAAAUAGUGAAAUGGCUAUAAAAUAUUGCCUUGAAAAUGGAUUAUUAGAAGAAGAAGAAGCAAUUAAAUAUUUAAAAAAAAUUUCAAAGAAAAAAUGA